AUGCUUUUCUUUCAAGCAAUCUUCGUUGUCACAUCUGCUGCCACAGCAACUUGCAUGACAAUCAAAUCUCAAGAUGUCCAAACCAAUAUUGAGAAGAGACAGAGCUGGAAAUCUAUUGGCUGCUACACUGACAAUGUUUCUGGUCGUGGUCUGACCACCCCCGUAUCAGUAUCUGGAGCCAUGACAAAUGAAGGUUGUCAAGCCUCUUGUUCGGCAGCUGGUUUCUCAUACGCUGGUACUGAGUAUGGAGGAGAAUGCUGGUGUGGCAACUCAAUCAUUAAUGGAAAUGGACCUGCCGCAGAUGGUUGCAAUAUGGCCUGCAAGGGUAAUAAUGCAGAGAUGUGCGGUGGACCAAAUCGUUUGACUGCAUUCCAGAGUGGUGGCGGGUCGAGCACAACUCCACCUAACACCUCUAAUCCGAGCAAAUCCGGAAAACGCGGUAUCACAUACGAUUCCAACAAUGUCCAUGGCGAUUCGACAUAUGGAAAUAUGCUCAAAGGAUAUAGUAAGAUUACCUGGGGCUAUGAUUGGGGAUUCAAGAGUAAUGGUUUGGAUUCAAGUAUUGAAUUCGUCCCAAUGCUUUGGGGCCUCCCCAAGAUCAUGGAUCAAAACUGGGUUUCUGCCGUACAAACCGCAAAAAGCAUACUUGGUUUCAACGAACCAGAUCUGACUUACGAACAAUCUUCCAACAUGCUUCCUGAAGCCGCAGCCGCUGGAUACAAAUCCUACAUUGAACAAUUCAAAGGGCAGGUGCGCAUUGGUGGGCCAGGCGUUUUGUGGAAUAACUGGAAUAGUUGGUCCUCAGGCGGCUCCUACAGCUCGCGCACCUGGACGCAAUAUUUCCUCGGAAACUGCACCUCCUGCCACAUCGACUUCGCCGCCAUCCACUACUACCAAGACUGCGAGCCGAGCUCCGGACAAUCGGGCACCGACUGGUUCAUGGCCAACGUCACCAACGCGCACGAAACCCUCAAGCUGCCCAUCUGGAUCACGGAAUUCCAAUGCUACGGCUCGGAUGCGCAGCAAGCGGCCUUUUUGAGAACCGUUCUGCCGUGGUUGGAUGCCCAGGAUUAUGUAGAGAGAUACUCGUAUUUUGGCGUUUUUCCGGGCUUUUUGCUCAAUGCGGCGGGGACCGCGUUGAGUUUGGCGGGGCAGGCGUAUGUUAGUUAG